ACGUGUAAUCAUGGAGAAGCCUCCAAGACCUUGCUAUACUGAUUUUAAAUUGUUGGCGAGAGGUCCUAGAUUGUCUAAUCUACUUGAAACUGCUUCUAAACUGGGAUACGAGAGGGUUGCUGUGGACGUUGAAGUGACCUUUGAGGGCAAGAAGACUGUUAUUCCUCGUGUUGAAGAGCUAGACAAAGCAUUAAAGGAGUUUGUAACACUACCUGAAGGACUAGAGGUUUUGAGACGCAUUACUAUCAAAGUUGAUAAUCCUAAUCUUCUUCAUGUAAUACAGGGAUCAAAUGCUCUGGAAGAGUAUGACAUAACAGCUUUACAUAUAACCAGUGAGAAGGCAUUUCAAUCAAUUGUUUCUACCAUCACAACUGACAUCAUAUCCCUGGAGUGGUCAGAGAGAUUGGGGUUUCCGCUUAAAUACACGCAAGUAUCACAAAUAUUAAGAAGAGGAACCUGUUUCGAGGUUUGUUAUACUCCAGCUAUUAAAAGUUCCUCUCACUGCCGUCAGAUAAUCUCAAACAUUAUCCAAUUGUCUACAUUCAGUAAGGGAAAGGGAAUCAUCAUCAGUAGUGGGGCAGAACAUCCACUUGAAUUGAGGGGCCCUUUGGAUGUCAUCAACUUAUCCUGUUUGUUUGGCAUGAAAGAAGAACACUGUAAAGCUACCAUUACUAAGAACUGUGCACAGGUCAUCUCACAUGCAAGACAAAGAACAGACAUUGUUAAAGGUGCUGUCCUAUGUCAAUUCCUUCCAUCAUCUGCUUCAGAUGAUUAUGUGAAGGAAGAAGGAGCUACAUUAUCAGAGACUAGGAAAAGGUCUAGAUCUCCAGAGCCUGAAACAUAAUUAAGUUGUGCUUAGUUAGCAGGAUAGCUCACUUUAGUGACAUUCAUUCAUUCAUGCAGUGCUUUAAUAAGAUUCAUAUCUUUAUGUGGCAUGAUUUUGCCCACCAUAUAUG